CACUCAGACAAAUGCUGGUAUAGACAGGAUACAGCCAUGAAGAAAACGCAGUUUCACACGAAUCCCGUCGUGAACAAAUGGGAGGAAGACCAGCGGCGCGCGAGGAUGGACAAAAUGAUCAACAGGGCCAAAUCAACCCUGCCGCCGGAGGCACGCGGCCUGAGCAAGCCGUCGGGCCCCAAGAAGCCGUCGCCGUACACUCAGGAAAUGAACGCUCCACGGCGGGGUCCAAAGCGUGGCAGCAGCUCUGGCGAGGGGGGCGGGCAUGAGGGCAGCCACGGCGACGGCACGGUGGCGGUCAACGUCCAGGAGCUAGAUGGCCUCAUCUACAACAGGCUGCAGGAGAUCCUAGGUAUGCCCAUGAUGCGAAAGGCGGCGGCAGCUCGUGCAGCAAAUGGUACCAAAGGCACGCCGCCAAAGCCACCACGCGGCCGACGGCCAGCCUGGAAUGAGGAGUGGAACGCGGGGGCGGCCGUGUCGCCUGGCAACAUCGACGAAACGCCGGUGGGGCCGGCGGGUGGGAGAGCAGCCGGCGGCGCAGGCGGCUUGGUCAGAGACCGGGGAUCUCCUGUCGCUCCUGGCAGUGGCGGGAGCACAACGCGGCUGCGCACCACGUCGGCACGCGACAACACGCCAGCCCGCACUGCCUCCACGACGCACCGCACUGCCUCACCGCCACCGCUUGAUGUCCAGCAUGGCGCCACAGGCAGCACCCAGCGGCGCCUCAGCAGCGGUAUCCCAUCAUACGGCGGAGGUGAGCGGGUGGUCCUGCUGCCCUCGCCGUCUGCGGCUUCACCGGGCGCCGCCAUGCGCCCCUCCAGCCGCUACGGCGCCGGGCCGGAGGCGGGCGGUGGCGGUCACGUGCUGGAUCGUUCCACCGUGUCAGCCAUCGCCGCCCUAAACCCCACCGCUCCCGCCGCCCAGGAGGCCGCGGUGCGGCUGCAGCAUUACGGCGGUGCUACGGCCGCGGCUCUGCAGCGGGAGGCGGCAGGGCCACGCAGCAGCACCGCACCCGUCUCCGCUUCGACGGCGGCGAUGGGGGACGUGGACGCCACGUUCGCGUCGUACCUGGGUGCCAGCCCAUCAGCCUCGGCCGCGGGGCGGCAGCACCAAGCGGGUCUACGUGGCGGGCUGGGUGGUAGCACGGCCUCAGGGCCGGGCAGUGACGCUGCCGCGAUGCGGUCACUGGUGUCCCUGUCCACAGCGUCCCCAGGCGGCUCACCCGGGUUAGGAGGAAUGGGCGCCGUCACGGGCAGCAUGGCCGCGGGUUCACGGCGGCCGCCGCUGGCUCCACGAGCGUCGGGGGCCGUGGCGUCCUCGUCAGCAAUGGGUGCCUACGGCAGCCCACCUCACGGGUCGGGCUUGGGCGCAGCAGCGCAUGGGUCACUGGUGCGGGCAGGAGCUGCUGGCGAUGAGGAAGAGGAUAACGCGUACGAAGACGAGGAGUUCGAAGAGUACGAGGGGUCGGACGGGGAGGGCGGUGGCAAGGGUCAUGGCGACGAGGACGACGAGGACAACCCGGCAGCACUGCUGCGCCAGUCGGUGCACGCGCUGCACGGGCUGGUGCAAAUGAAGAUCAAGCAGGAGGAGCUGGCUCGCAGCCAGGCCGACAGCCUGGGCCCGGCUGGUCACCGCCAGUCGCAGGCCUCUCACGCCGGUCAGGCCGACCACGCCGCCGAGAUGAUGGCCUCUAUGGCGCUGGCGGGCGCAGACGAGGACGGCGACGGCGGGCUAGGCGGUAGUAGCUUGAUGGACGGGCUCAAGCAGAGCGACCUGGAGUACCUAGCUCGGCUUGGCGGUGGAGAGCUGGGGCAUUACGACCCGGGCCACUCGGGUGACGACCGGGCUUUCGUCAUAGAGCCGGGUGCCCCGGCGGGCAAGACAAAGGCCUGGGGGGACCGGCAGCCCUGGGCGAAUGAGCCGACGGACGCCACUACUGGCAUUGACGUCUUGCGCCAGAGGCAGGAGAAGGAGCGGCUGCGGGCGGAACAGAUGCAGCAGCAGCAAAUGCAGCAGCAGCGGCAGCAACAGGCGCUGGGCAAGAGUCGUGGGGGUCCGGUGGACGGUGUUGCGCAGCUGCACAGCAGUGGAGCUUCGGCGGUGGGAAUGGGGCCUGGGCGAGGUGGCGCCAGGAGAGCUUCUGCCUCCCAUGCAGAGGAUGAGGACUCGGUGCUCCUGGGAGAGACCCUGACGGCGGGGCGCUCAGGGGCCGGUAUGGUGGGUGCCAUUGGCGCCGUGCUGACUGAGGCGGGGCUGACCGGCCCAGAGCCCACGCGCUCCAGCACGGACCCCACGUCGGCAUCACAGAUGCAGUCGGUCAGCAACGCGCUUGCGGCCCUGGCCAGUUCCGGAAAGAUCAACCCUGCGGAGGCCAAGGAAUUGCGGUCGCAGACAGAUGCGCUGUACGGGUCGCUGCUUCAACUGCACCAGCUAAUGAGCGGGCCUCGCGGCAACGAGCUGCGCAGCCCCACGCCCUCCGGCGGCGGGCUAAGCCCCGCUGGCGGCUUCACGCCGAAGGCCCAGUCGCCCAGCUCUUCCCCGAACGCAUCGCAGCAGGCCGCCGUGGCUGCAGCGGCAGCCGCUGUUGCGGCGGAGGGGCGAAGCGCGGCCCGACAUGCGCCGCCACCUUUGCCGCUUGACCGGGCAGAGCAGCGGCGGGCGAGUGACCAUGACGGUGGUAGCGGUGGUGGGCAUGUUGGGGGCAGCGGCCCAACAGCCUCACAUAUGCAGUUGACGCCCAAGAACCGGCUAGUGGCGGAGGACGUGGCGUGGAUGGCGGGGCUUGUGCACAGCCUCAGUGAAAGUCUCCACAACUCAAAAGGAGAGGUGGAGCUGCCCGGGUUGUAGGCGGGAGGUGUACGUACAGUGGCAACCGCCUUUCAUGUUGCACUAUGUAGCCAGAGAUGUAUUCUUAAAUAAGAACUGAGCUGCCGGCAAAGGAUGCAAACAUAAUACGGUAUUCA